AUGCCAACAAACGGGGACCCAGAGAUCGACCCACUGGAUGGAGGCAAGUCUGACUAUAACCCUAUCGAACACCUAAACGCCAUCUUCUCCCACCCAUCUACCCUUGUCGCUGUGCCCAAGACCUCCCAAGCCCUCAAGGUAUACCAAGAUGAACUUGACGAAAAUAUCUCUACACUCGUGGAAGCGCAGGCAGCUUCCAACCUGGAAAGCGUUGAGCGUAUCCGCAAUGCAAAGGAAGACAUGGCCGAGCUGUUUAAGAAGAUCGAGGAAGUCCGGGAGCGAGCUUUGAAAACGGAACAGGCGAUUACGGCGAUGACAGCGGACAUCAAACAGCUGGACAAUGCAAAGGGAAAUCUGACGCUGUCUAUGACGACGCUGAAGAGGCUUCAGAUGCUUACUACCGCGUAUGAGCAGCUGAAAGCACUAAGCAAAUCACGGCAGUAUCGGGAUUGCGCACAAUUGCUCCAGGCCGUUAUACAGCUGAUGGCGCAUUUUAAAUCAUACCGUUCGAUUGAUCAGAUUGCUACACUGAGCCGCAAUGUAGCAGAUAUACAGCGGGAGCUACUGGAACAAGUUUGCGAAGACUUCGAGAUCAUAUUUGCCAAGGGUGAGACAGCGCAAAAGAGAAACAUUCUGGCAGAGGGAUGCCUGGUCAUGGAGGCAUUGGGAGACAUGGCUAAAUCGAGGCUCAUCACUUGGUAUUGUAAUACGCAACUAAGAGAAUACCGUCAGGUUUUCAGAGGAAACGAAGAGGCCGGAUCCCUUGAUAAUAUCUCCAGGAGGUAUUCUUGGUUUAAAAGGAUGCUAAAAACCUACGACGAAGAGCAUGUGACAAUUUUCCCGGCCUCCUGGAAGGUCAACGAGGUUUUAGCAAACAUCUUCUGUGAAGGUACUAGGGAUGACUUCAAAGGGAUACUUUCCCGGUCGGUUCGCAGCGGACAGACCGUGGACGUUAAUCUUAUACUAUCUUGCCUUCAAGAAUCCCUUGAUUUCGAGCAAUUCCUUGAUAGGCGUUUCACCAAUGCAUCUCGUGCAUCUACGGAUACCUUUGCCUCCAGUGAAACGCCCAUUUUCUCGCAGACUAUAUCUGAGGCCUUUGAGCCUUAUCUAAGUUUAUGGGUAUCUGCUCAAGGCAAACAGCUUGACACCCUCAUCCGAAAAUAUAGGGAGCAGCCCAUUAAACCAGAAGAUGAAGAAUAUUCUCCACAACUGGUUGUACACUCUUCAACGGAACUUUUCACCUUCUACCGCUUAUCCCUUGCACAAUGCGCCAAACUCUCCACGGGCAACUCUCUUGCAGAAUUGACGAAGGUGUUUGCGAAAUAUCUGGAUCAGUAUGCUCAGCAAGUACUACUCCAUUAUAUCAGCGAUCACUCAGGAAGUCAGACUUCUUCCAAACUGCCAUCAUGUGAGGAUCUUACUAUGGUCCUGAAUACUGCAGAUUAUUGCUAUACUACUUGUAAUCAACUUGAAGAGAAGAUCAAGAGCAAGAUAGACGAGCCGUUUAAGCAACAAGUGAAUCUCCAGAGUCAGGCAGAUUCGUUCAUGGGAAUAGCCAGUGCAAUUGUCCGUCUCCUUGUGCGGAAAGUUGACAUCGGACUAGAACCGACCUGGAGAGAGAUGCGGAAUACAAAUUGGAGUGCGCAGGAUGGUGUCGGAGAUCAAAGCCCAUACGUUGAAGUCCUUUUGUCGAACUUGAAGUCAAAAUCGGAUGAGGCCUUAGGGAUGCUUCACAAACAACAGUAUCAGCGGGCAUUUGUCGAUAAUCUGGUGGAACAUACGUCAACAAGUUAUAUCUCAAAUAUAUAUCAGUGUAAGCCAGUUUCGGAAGCUGGUGCAGAGCAGAUGCUUCUUGACAGCUAUGGCAUAAAAACAGGUCUAACGGGUCUUCUCUCACCGGCUCCCGCUGCUUUUACAAAGCGCGUUCACCAAAGUUUCCAGAAAAUUGAUACCCUUCUUAAAACUCUACAGGUUCGGGCCGUUCCGCCGGAGGCUCUUGUACAGGCAUAUCUGAUUCACAUUGCUGAUAAAAGUGACAACAACUUCCGGAAAAUACUGGACAUAAAGGGGAUAAGGAGUAAACAGGAACAGAACCGUCUUAUUGAAUUGUUCCAGGCUCAUAAGACAUCCAAUCGCCACGCUCCAAAUCUACAAGAGAGCAAUCCCUUAAUUUCCUAUCUACAGCCACCAGCUCCUGCUACCCCUACUACUCCCUCUGUGGCCCAAGGCCUCGGCUUGGCUAAUCUCGGAGGAGCCACAGCUUCUUCUGGAGCUAACGCGCUUCCUGCACGCUUCGAUCCAUCAAUGCUCGGCUCUGCUCUUAUAUCAGCCGCUCGCGAUGGGGUUGAUAGGCUUGGAACGCCAGGUUUAGGGAACCUCGGAAAUACACCUGGUGGGAUUUCGGGUGGCAGCGGUCGUGCAGCGACUGGUUCAGUAGCUCAGUCUGGAUCAGGAACACCACUAUCAAACCAGAUUAUAAACUCGGCAGGACAGAAUGCGGAUGCAAAUGAAGGAAGCUCUUCUGCCGCUGCAAACCUGAAUGAGAAUCUCAAAAACAUCGGAAAAUUUUUCCGUAGAGAUCUCAGUGGUUUGGGUGGAAGGUUUGGAAUAGGCAGCGAUGAUGGUAGUCAGAGAUGA